AUGGCCGACGACCCCAAUGCCACCCAAAUCUUCAUCGCCGAGGAGCGCAAGCUGUUUGAGCGAAUGUUUCCAACUCCACGGGUCCAAAAUCGUCACAAUAUCUCGAGCUCGUCGAUUCUUUCCACACCGCAGGCUCGCUUCAAUACGUCUCAAGGCCAGAUUGUGGACGCAGCGUCGACCCAUGCAAAGCUUUUUGAAGCCACCGAGGAAAACAAGUGGCUCCGAAAGCAGCUGAAACAGGAAAAGGAAAAUGUGGCCAGCUUCGAAAAUGAAUUGAAGGCGAGUCCUUAUUUCAUGGGAAACAUGGCCGACACUGGUGCGCAACUGUUGGCAGUGACGGCGGCAGCGAACAAGUUGUACAACUACCAUAUUCGUCAAAGAGCGGAGCUAGAGGUCAUGCAGAAGAUAUUGGCUCGUCACAGGCUAUGGACACCUUUGUUGCGCUCAGAGAUACGCGCGUCGUAUAACGGUAUGAAGAUUACUGAGCUGACAGAUGAAAUGAUGGCCACCCACGCACAAGGAUCUUCUUUGGACUAUCAAGGCAUCGAUGAGGUGGAAUUCGUGGAAGCGCCCGAGGAAUCUCCGGCGAGUCCGGAAGUUGAUGAGGAUACUGCUGAUUUAACAACUGGUUCCCGGUUUCGACAGAAAGUGGUCAACGAUACCAUGCAACUCGCAAGAAAACGCUCGGGAAGUGGCCCACACCGGAUGCUGAGCCCCAUUCUCUCGACCGGUACCCAGAUGACGUCUGUGAUCGAAGAAGAGCCAGCCGAAGAAACGCCUUCAAUCUGCGACCAAACAAUGAAUUCCGUUGAUUACGAGAACUACGAGAAGAUCCAGAAACUUGAAGCCGAGAACUCGCAGAUGCGACAACAGUUGUUCAUCGCCAAGAGCCACGCGAAAAAUGCGCUGCUUUACCGGGAACAGAAAAUGGACAUCGAAUCGAAAUACAAUUUCGUUAAUAAAAAGCUUGAGGAGACGAUGCGUGAUCUUACUGCCCUCCGCAACGCGACGGCCCGAAAUAUGUUUGGAUCGGAAGAUGGAGUAAAGCACGUCGACCGAAUGACCUCGAUGCAGCAGCAGAUUGACGACUUGCUGGAAACAACCAAGAAAUUGAAAGCCCAGCUUGAAGAAAAGGUGUGUGAAAACAGCGCUGAAGAAGCCCAUGGUCUGCUUGAAGAUCAGCGCAUGACGUGUGACUCGCUGAAUGCUCAAAUCGAAGAGCUGGAAGAUCAGAAAAGAACCUUAGAGGAACAGGUAGCCGAGCUCCAACUUCGCUACAGGCAGUCGAGCAAGGAGGUCGAUGUUUUGAAAAGCGACGUCUACCAGAAGUGCCGUCAGAUUGAGGAGCUCGAAAAGGCCGCACGAUCUAAUCAAGCCGAUCCAACGGAUGCAGGUGAUACGACACAGAUUUUCCACGUCCGCGCAAAUCCGCUGGAGAUGGCGCGCGAGGAGCUGCGCCAGAAAGAUGAUGAGGAAGAGCGGGAACGGAAGCGGAAACUGUCCGAGACGUCUUCGAGCGGUGACGUUGAAUUUGGGUCCAAGAGAGCCAAAACCGAGAUUGCGGCUUUGGAAGAACAGCUUCGAAAAGCCGAACAAUCGAAGAAUAAGGCCGUCGACAUCCAGAUGUCGAUGGCUCGACGUUACCGCGAAGUGUCGACGGCGUUGACUGGGUAUCAGAUUAAGAUGAGAGAUGAUGCUUGCCAUGUUGUUAGUUGUUUGGGGCAAGAGCCGGAAGACGCAUUCACUUUCAAGUUUGAGGACGGACAGUUGAUGCUUUUGUCUCGCGAGGACGGAUCUUCGGAAAUCAGCUCACAGAAAUGGAGGGACGAAAUGGAUCGCUACAUUGGCGAACUUCACAGCGUGCCCGCCUUCCUCUCACGCGUGACGAUCACCCUAGCCGAAAACAACCCCGAUGACCAGACCCUCUCCCAGCCCUCAUUCUCCAUCAUCAGGGAU